CGCCCUGCUUAAUGCUGCAUUAUUCACUUUAGGCGUCAUGUUCGGCUUCAAUGUAAAUAAGCUGAAGCCCAACCUCAAGAUGGCAGUAAAUCGCAUCGGCAUCGUCAAGGACAAGAAGGCCAACGCGGCGCAGGCACAGCGACGGGAGGUUGGACGGCUGCUGGCGGACGGUAAGGAGGAGAAGGCGCGCAUCCGGGUGGAGGGGAUUAUUCGUGACGACUUCACCAUGGAGGGAUAUGAAAUCUUGGAGCUGCUGUGCGAGCUGCUGGCUGAGCGAGCGAACCUAAUCAAGACGGAGGCAGACUGCCCGUACGACAUGCGCGAGGCCGUGUGCACGCUCAUAUGGGCGGCUAGUCGAACAGAAAUUCCAGAGCUUGCGGAAGUUAAAAAGCAGCUAACAAAAAAGUACGGACAGGACUUCGAGGCCGCUGCGAUCCGCAACGUCGACGGCUGCGUGAACGAGCGCGUGAUCCAGAAGCUCAGUGUGCAGCCACCCAGCGCAUUUCUUGUGGUAAACUACAUGAAGGAGAUCGCCAAGGAGUUCAAGGUGGACUGGGAGCCUGUUGAGACAGAAGUGACGGACCCGCUGGCACCGAUCCCAGCACCAACUGGCGCCACGGUCACGAGUGGAGCAGUCUCAGGUCCUGGAUUUUCUGCACUCUACCCAUCGGCUCCCGCACCCGUCAAUACGUCUAAGACGGCGUCUUACGUGCCCAAUGCUCCCGUAGGCAACUCAAAUGAAGAGGCCUCUGCACCGUUACUGACUUCACUGUCGCGGCGAAGUGUAAACGCCUACACUAACCAACCAACGCACUUUUACUCUGAUGCUGACACGCAGUCUCAGCCAGUAUCCUCGCAGCAGUAUGGUGAUGCGCCCGCGCAGCCAACACAAUCGCUCUCAGCACCCGCGUUGUACACUGAAAAUCUCUUUCCUCCAGCUGCUGCUGCACCAGCUCCGACAACGGCCACCGGGGGCAUUCCAGAUUUUGACGAGCUGACUGCACGCUUUGACAGGCUUCGCAAGCGCCAAGACCGCCACGACCAGGAGAACGCUUCGUUCACGUUCUAG